AUGGAGGCUCCGUCACCGUCCGUGCCCGACGAGAAGGACCCUUGUAGGGAGCACCUCCUGGAGCGUCGUCAGCAGCUGACAGACUCUCUGUCUGCUUCUCCCUACGACCUGAUCCUCUACCUGGAGCGAGCCGUGGUCCACUCUGACCUCGCCUACCCGGACCUCGCUGCUGGUGACGCCUACCGUGCUCUUCUCCUGGCCGACGAGGUCCGCGAUGAGAGCUUCGAGUACCACGAGCAGGCCUUGGAAGCACUCAAGAGCUACUCAACAACGCCUUGCCCUGUGGUCCUUGACCAUGGUUCCCUUACCGAAGGGAUAUCAGACGGCACCGCUGGCGAGGAUGUUAUGGAAGGGCUGGAGGGAGUCGGUCCCUAUCAGCUCCUGGCCCACCUCGGUUCUGUCCGCGCCUAUCAGAUCCUGUCCUUGAGCCUGCUUCUCUGCGGGAGCCUAAAAAGCGCGCUCAGAUUUUGCGAGAGAGGCCUGAACACGGCCCCGAACAACAGAGAGCUCAGCGAGAUCAAGGGCUACAUCGAGCAAGUCGGCCGCCGCAGACUACGAAAAGAGUCAGACGCCCCCAUCGACAUCAACAGCCUCCCCGACCGCGGUGUCGUCCGCCGUGAAGUCUACCCAUGGAACACCCACGAACCGGACCGCUUCUCGGCCGAGUCGCUGGCCCACCUCAACAAGCAGCUGUCGACCAUGGCUCCAAAGUGCGAGGUCCGCGUGUCUAAACUCCCCGUCCUCCUCGAUGACGAGAGCAACACGGACGGCCACGACGUGAUACCGACGUGUAAUCAGCUCGGCCUCUUUGCCAAAGAGGACAUCGCCCCGGGUGAGACGGUGCUGGAAGAGUAUUCUCUCCUCACAGCCAACAACCGACACAAGGAAUCCACCUGCGACGCCUGCGGGACGGCCCUCCCGCCCCUCGACCAACACUCCAAGGCGGUCAGCUGCCCGGAGUGCUACGACACCAUCUUUUGCGACGACUUUUGCUUCACCAAGGCCCAAGAGCAAUACCACCCCGCCGUGUGCGACACGGACGUGGACUCGAUCGCCAAAGACCCCGACAACAAGGACAUUGACCAGUCCCUCUACCUCUUGCUGCUCGCCCGCCUCCUGGCGAUGUCGACACACCAGGAGAUGCACCCCCUGGACGUGCCCUCGAUAAAGUUCAUCUGGGGCGACUUUGUCCCCUCGGAGCUCAACGAGAUCGACCGCAGCAUCAACGCCGAGCCGCCCCCGGAGUGGACCCUGCCUUUUUCGUUCGAGUACAACAUCGAGAUUCCGCUUCACAUACUCGAGAAGAUGGAUAUAGACAUUUAUGCCACGCUCGGCCAGCAUGACAUUUGGGUUUUCAACACCUGCUACGCCAAGUUCCGCGGCACGGCCUCUGCGCGCAAAAACUACCAGGACGGGCGCAGGGACGGGAGGCCGGAUGUGGCGGCGGUUCAUCCCUUUUGGUGCCUGGCUAACCACGACUGCGAUCCGAAUGUGAGCUGGGAGUGGGGGGGCAAGAUGAAGCUUUGGGCGAGGGACAAGAGGGUUGUUGGGGGGAGGAAAGGAGGGGUGAAGAAGGGAGAGGAGAUCUUGAAUCAUUACUGCGAUGUGGAGCUGCCUGUUAAGGAGAGGAGGGAGUGGGCCAGGGGGAGUUUGGGAGGGUGGUGCAUGUGCUCAAGGUGUAGGGAGGAGGCUGCUGGCAAGGAGGGGAGGGAGUGA